AAGAGGCAGACCCGCAUCAGCUGCGCCCAGACGCAACAUCUCCUGCUGUUUGUCCCUUCUCCGCCUCCGUCUCUCCGGAGCGCCACCAUGCGCUCCUUCAACGCCACGCAGCGGAACCUGAGCGGGACCGCGAACCACUCCGACCCGUUCGGGCGCAACGAGGAGGUGGCCAAGCUGGAGAUCACGGUGCUCAGCCUGGCGUUCGUGGCGGCGGUGGCGGGGAACCUGAGCGUCCUGCUGGCCAUGCUGCGCAGCCGCAGAAAGCUGUCGCGCAUGCACCUGUUCAUGAAGCACCUGAGCCUGGCCGACCUGGUGGUCGCCUUCUUCCAGGUGCUGCCGCAGCUCUGCUGGGAGGUCACCUUCCGCUUCUACGGCCCGGACUUCCUGUGCCGCAUCGUGAAGCACCUGCAGGUUCUGGGCAUGUUCGCCUCCACCUACAUGAUGGUGAUGAUGACCGUGGACCGCUACGUGGCCAUCUGCCACCCGCUGCGCAGCCUGCAGCAGCCCACGCAGCGCGCGUACAUCAUGAUCAGCUGCAGCUGGGCGUGCAGCCUGCUGCUCAGCUCCCCGCAGUACUUCAUCUUCUCCCUCAGCGAGGUCCGGCCCGGUUCGGCCGUCUACGACUGCUGGGGUCACUUCGUGGAGCCGUGGGGGCUGCGCGCCUACAUCACCUGGAUCACGGCGGGGAUCUUCCUGGUUCCGGUGGCCGUGCUGGUGUUCUGCUACGGCUUCAUCUGCAGGACGAUCUGGAGGAACCUGAAGGGCAAAACGCGCAGGAAGGGCGCGGCGGACGCUUCGGCGGCGGGCGGCAGGUCCGGGAUCCUGGGCAGGAACUCCGUCAGCAGCGUCUCCACCAUCUCCCGCGCCAAAUUACGCACCGUCAAGAUGACUUUCGUGAUCGUGGUGGCUUACGUGGUGUGCUGGGCUCCGUUCUUCACCGUUCAGAUGUGGUCCGUGUGGGACGAAACCUUCUCCUGGCACGACUCGGAGAACCCGGCGGUGACGCUGUCCGCCCUGCUGGCCAGCCUCAACAGCUGCUGCAACCCCUGGAUCUACAUGAUCUUCAGCGGCCACCUGCUGUCGGACUUCCUGGGCCUGCUGCCCUGCUGCCGCCGGCUGCGGGACCGGCUGCGGCAGCAGAACUCGGACAGCAGCAUCCGGCGCACCACGCUGCUGUCCCGCCUGCAGGCGCCGCGGCCGUCCGACCUCAACUUCACCUUCAAAAACUGUCCGCCGGCCACGCCGCCGUCCUGACUGCAGACCCGCCCGACCGGCUGGCAUCAGCCCAGGGAGCUAAAGGAGAGCUCGGUUCGGUCCAAACGGGGAACGUUCACUUCCCGUUGUG